GGGGAGCGCCAGACCGCGCCGGCCCAGGCGGCACUGAGCAGGGCUGCUAACCCUGUUGAAAUGCCGUCCGGCGCUGCUGCUGCUCGGCCGCGGGAGGCUGCAGCUGUUGCCUACGUGACUCCCGGCGCAUACCUCACUCAAACCCACCCCCGAAAGGGCCCGCCGACCGGCAGCGUCUCAUCCCCUGACAAAACAGCAUGAAAUAUUCAGUGAAUUCCCAACGUGUGCACGUUGCGCGAGCGUGGAACGAGGGAGGUGGGGGAGACAGCGAGGGAGGGGACCGCAGGGGGAGGAGGGGGGAAGAGGGGAGAAAGAACAAGAGCAGGAGGGGGAGAAAGAGAGGGAGCGAGGGGGAGAGAGAGGGAGAUUGAGAGGGGAGCCAGAGCACAGCUGACAGCUUGCAAGCAACUCCCCCUAGCAACAGCCACCAGACCGAGGCCUCCCAUUGGCCGGCCAGCUCCUGGCAUCACAAUGUGGUAAAGGCCCCCGAACCAAUGGGAAGGCCCUCCUGGAGAGCUUCUGCUUCAGGAUUCCGCUUUUGCCAUGGCAACAGCACACUGCCUCACGCUCAGAGGCAUGGCUGCAGCAGAAUGGAGCCCCCUCUGGAAAAGCCGAGGAAGCUGAGCCUAUAGUUUGCUUCCAUCUCUUCUUUUUUUGUUUCUUUUUUAUCCCCAGCACUCUUGACAUUUAAAGCAAUAGCUCUCCUUUUCUUGAGGGAGAAGGGCAACAGUCCAGCCCCGGUCUGGUUCGCCUGGCCCAUUAUCCCUCUGCCUCUCAGAAAAGCAAGUUAAGGACUCGUGUGAAAACAACACUACUACAAUACUUUCAGGACUGCCAGCCUCAUGUUCUUUAUCGGAGGCUGCUUUUGUCUGGGUGCAUUCUUUCUGAUUAACCACGAUGUCAGAAGCUGCAGUGCAUUAGUCACAGGCCUCACUCCGAUACCAUCCACUUCGACGCGGAAGGACUUUAUUGGGAUAAACGCGGUCAGAUUCGGACGCUCUGCCGUUUACCCACACCCAGCAUGCUCCACACGGGCCCACACUCCUACCGCUCUGCAGGGACUUGACCUCUCCUCCCUGAACUCUGACCCGCAGUCCCCCGAAAGGUCAGAGGUCACGGGGGAAGGCAGAGGCCUGGAGAACACGCAGACUCCACUCAAGGGAAGACAGGGAGGGAGCGCGUACCAGGACACCGCGCACGACGGGAAGCGAUCGCAUUCGGGCGCGGACAGGAGGGCUGGGGUCACGCCGGGCGCUCUGGGGGGGGGGUCCGGAAAGACUGCUCCCCGCCAGCGAGUCCGCGCCCUGGCUGCUGAGGAGUGCGGAGAGUGCAGCGUCUGUGUGGAGUCUGCGUGCUCUCCAGGUGUGGGCCCGGGCUGCCGAGCGCUGGUCAUGAGCCCGCUGGCCGUCCUGUACAGGGGCUUGCCCGCGUGCACCACCGGGUUUCCCAACAGCUCCUUCCCCCAGCACUGAUUGUACUCACCGGUCCUGCCAAUCAAGCGCCCUGAGCUGAACCGAACCGAACUGAGAGAGAGAGAGAGACGGGCGAGG